AUGGAGGCCUUCAACAUUGCGCUCGACGAGGGCGAUGAAGCGGAAACGUGGCAAUACGUACACCAGGCACUGCUGUUGCAAUAUUGCCGCAUGCCCGGGCGCGAUGGAGUGACGGUAUUUUUCAGUCGCAUGGCCUUGCCGCAACACCGGGCCCAGGAGAUCUUCGGAGGCCGAUCCGUGGAGCAAAUUCAUAUACAAGCCCUGGAGCCGGGCUCGGCGAUUCAAAUUCGAAUUCCGGACCUGGACAGCAAUGACGAGGACGAGAGGGAAGCGAGGGCGAUUUUCGACAGCUUUUCUCCUGAGAUCAAGGCAGCGCUGGAAAGCGCGUCGCUGGAGGAAGUGAACAGCGUUUUGGGGACGAUGGAGGUUGCUGAGGCCGAGAAUUUGGUGAGCCUGCCUUGGAGAGGCUGGUUGCUUGAACGUCGGGAGGGAGAUUAUCGACGCCACGACGGAAGAAGGAAGAAGCAACUGAAGGAGAUGGAGGAGGCUGCCAUGGGAAAUGCUAACGUGGAACCCGAGACUGCAGCGCAAGCGGGAGCGGGAGUAUCAGGCCAAGCAUGUCAUGAGAAGAUUGAUGGCAAUAUAUCAUAG